GACGAGUGUGCCUGUGUCAUGUGUCCAUCGUUGAAGGACGAAAUUUGAAAAAAAUUAAGUCCAUUGUUGAAGGAGAACGCGGGAACAAACCACCUUUGUGGGGGGCGUAUUGAGAAUUUCUGCCGCGUCCGUCAUCCUUUCGAUGGGGCGGACGUGCAGGAAGGCGGGGGGAGGAAGACGAACAAGAAGCACAGAGAGUUUCUCCCCUUCCGAAUGACAAAGGACGAAGGGUCGGAUUAUGAUUCCGGAGUCUUUUCAUCGCCAGUUAGGGCGUAAAGGCGCGAAGCUUUUUUCUUUUCCCGCGAAGCUGCCUUCGCCUCUCUCUUUCGCGUGAAGCCUCUCGUCCCGCCUCCUGCUGCCUUGCGCCUUCUCUGGUCUUCCUGCGCUAUCUUCGUCUCUCCUUCUCCCGUGCAGUUCUCCGGCUGCCAUCAACGGCAGUGAUCUCUGCUCUUGAGGCACCGUUUGCCAGCCGCCAUCUGGUUCACCACCGUCCGCUGCGCCUCCAGGGCAAAAAAGAGAGGGGCAAGAAAGAGGAUAUAUCUGGAUGGUAGUAACAUCCUUAUAAGUCAGUAAUAUUUUAGCAAAAUGAAAAGCAGUAUGUUUUUAGCAGAUCCCCCCAAGUAUAGGACACCCAAAUUUUAGUCCUAGAAUUUUAGCAUGAACGAAAAGGGAUGACGGGUUCAUGCACAGAAGGCUGUAGUGGUUUUGAAACAAUUCCUGCAAGUAGAAAUCCAACGGUUCGUUCUUCGGAUUGGUGGGUCGAGGAUUAAAGUGGAGUCGUCCUUGCAAGUAGUGUUGCUUCUCUUCGAAGGAACGGUCGCUAAGGCGUCUUUGUGCAUUGUUCCCGAUCACUGGAGAGAUGGAGGACCAUCGGCGAUGCAACAAGUGUGGGGCCCGGUCGGUGAUAUUCGACUCGCCCAAUUGGGUCUGCUGCCAAUGCGGCACUGUCCAGGAUUCUGAUCACUUCGUUUCUCAUCUUGACGUCUACACGGAGAAUCUUGGGCGUUCGGUGGCGAUUGGACAAUCCAAUCCCACUGUUAGCACUAAUUUUGGGGGCCGCCGGAUCUUUAUCCGGGGAGAUUAUAACUACAAGGAGCGUAAGGAGUUUGAGGCUAGAAGGACAAUUGACGAUAUCAUGUCAAGCUUAGAAUUUUCUCCUUCAAGAGCUGAUGAUGUGAAAUAUAUGGUUGAAAAGAUAACUGAAGGUGAAUGGGGUGGAGGAAACUGGUUCCCUGUCCUUGUUGGUGCCUGUGCUUAUGUGGUAGCUCGACAGAAUCAUCUACCUCUUACAAUUACACAAGUUGCUGCUGUUAUUACUUGUGAUGUUCACGAACUUGGGCGGAUGUACACUCGGGUUAGGGAGUUUCUCAAGCUGGAUUUGCCAGAGACAAAUAUUUUCAUGAUUUUGGAGCGGGCAAUUCGAAACUCUCCAAGCUUCCUGGACAUUCCAAAAGAGAAAAUAAGUGUGAUGAUUAUGCAAGGGAGGUUUCUGUUGCAAUGCUCCAUCAAGUGGUUUCUAACUACAGGGCGACAUCCUCUUCCGAUGAUUACUGCUAUAGUCGCUUUUGUUGCAGAGAUCAACGGACAGGUGAAAGUUGGAGUAGAUGAGAUUUCAAAGGAGCUUUCUGCAUGUAAGAGUACCAGCAGGCAAAGACUUAAAGAGCUCCAGGGGUCUUUAGUUAAGGUUGCAAAAAAAUUGCCCUGGGGAGGAGAUGUGACAAGCAAAAGUUUAGUGCAUCAUGCACCAUUCAUUAUUCAGUUUAUGCAGGUGAAAUCAAAGAUAAAGGCAACAGCUAUGCCAAAUGUGUCACUUCCAGAGGCCCAAUGCCAGAAGGUAGGGACUUUUUCAAUCGGCUCCAGGUCCAGUCACUCUGCAAAAGCUGCUCUGGAUGAGCUCUUGGACUUGCCUUCUGGAUCUUCCAUCCAUAGAUGUACUAAAGCAAGCAACACCGAGUCCGAAUCCGAUGACAUAGGUAUUCAGGAAAUGUCAUUAGCACAUGCAACACAUUUGAAUUCUGAAAAGCUCAAGCUUUCAGUAGAGUGUUUGAAGAAUGCAUAUGCAAGGUUCCAAGAGAGGGAUGUUUCUAGAACUUUGUUGGGAGAUGCAGAAGGAGUAUGUGGUGCAAAAAGGCGAAAGAAGGAUACUGUGCCAGCACCUCCUGAAAAGAUACAUGCUGGCAUCUUGAAUUGUCAUUUAAAUAAAAGAGUUUCAUCCCAUGAACUUCUUGAAAGAGAUGUUGGACUGGAUUCCUUUCCUCCAUCCUUUCUGACAAGCAUGGAUGUUUAUAUGAGGAGGAGAAGAAAGAUAGAAGCUGCCAAGCUGCGAAUCAACAAAAUUAUGGAUUCUAAGAUAUCAUCGCAAAGGAGGAGCUUGACUGAGCAGGAUAAUGUUUCAGACGAUGAAGAGUAUACGGAUGUGGCAAGCUGCAGUACAAGCAAACUUUAUCAGCAGGCUGGAGAAAAAGAUAUUGAUUGGGAAGAUUGUAUUAUUGAACUCCUUCUCUUGCAUCUGGUAAGCGAGGAAGAAAUAGAGAAGGGAUACUAUCGAUCUCUACUUGGUUUGUACGUCUUUAGUUCUGGUCAUAACAUUUCAAAUGAAGAACUUGGGAGUUACCUACGCCCCAAAGAAGAAGUUGCUUUAUUAUCGAUGCUAAAGGACUGGGAGUGACUAGUAAGAAGUAACAUUUGCAGCGUCUUAAGUUGGAUCAAAUUUCCAGAGUGUUAAUCAGGACGGCAUCUGUCAGAUGGAUAUUUGGGGUACUCUCUCUCUCUUUCUCUCCAUCAAAUUUCCAUAUCGUUAUUGAGUACGAGCUACAGAGCAGAGGGUUACUAACCAAGCUCAAUCUAUCAGUUAGGGCGAAGUGCUUGUAGCUUACCUUAGAUUCGCAUGCUUGUGAAUGUACAGGAAAAUGCUUUUGUGCAUGCGGUUUUUUGUAACAACAUUUUGACUACUUUAUUUAGUUUGAACAGCAUAAAGUUGUGUACAUCAUUUUGAUAUGUCGGAUUAAUUAAUGAAUAGAAGGCCUGUGCCAUCCGCGAGCAUCAAUCAUGAAGUGGUUGUACAUAUUUGAGCCUGAGGGCAAUUAGAGAGGCGAAUACUGUUCAGCAUGGUGAUGCAAGUGGGAUGGAUUUUUGUAAUUGAUUCUUGUAAGACAAGGCUUCUGAGUUUGAGAUGAUUAUUAAUGCGUCAGAUCUUUCCAAGA